AUGGCGAGCUCCGAGCACGUGGAGCUUGUGUCUGGGUCGGGUGUGGCCACCAUUUUCGGGACCGCGGUGCGCUGGAGCAUAGUGCUAAUGUCCUGUGUAUCUUUGCACGUACCUGUUGCUAUCCGCUGGGAUUUUCGUCCCAUGUUUGCUGGGUCGGUGGCUGUGUGCUCCGUGGGCG